UGAUCAGUACGCCCUCUUCCGAACCUGAACCUAAACCCCAAUUCCUUUCCCAGGGCCGCCGCCGUCUUCCUUAAACCCUAAGCUCAGCCAUGCGAGGCCGCCACCACCUGCUUGGCUUCCUCCGCCGCGCGGCGGCCGCCUCCCCGUCCUCCGCCGCCCACCCUCUCUGCCACCUUCACUCGAUCCCGCCACGAAAUGGCGCCGCCGUUCCCAUCGGCGUCCGAUUCCUCUCCUCGCGCGCCGGCGGCGCCGCCUCGAAGAGCCUAAUUGAGGACGAGGCCGACCUCAGCGACUGGGUCAGCGACCUCAAGACCGACUCCUUCCACCUCGGCGUCAGCAGCGGCGACGAGGGCGAGGGCUCCCGCAGACCCGCUGCCUCCAGGGGAGGCCGCAGAGGGAGGGAUUCGGGGGGGCCGCCUCCGAGAUCGAGUUUUGAUGGUGGCGAGAGGCGUGGCGGUGAGUUCAGCGGCGAGAGGCGAGGCCGUGGUGACUUCGGCGGCGAUAGGCGCGGCGGUCGGUUCGGCGGCGCUGAUGCUCGUGGUGGUCGGUUCGGUGGCGAUAGGCGUGGUGGUCGGUUCGGCGGCGACAGUCGCGGUGGUCGGUUCGGCGGUGACAGGCCUGGUUUCGAGCGAAGGGGGAGGGUGGCGAGUUCUGAUCUCAGCGAUGAUGAUGAUGCUGGGUUUGGUUCUGCGAGGGGAAGGCGAGGGCGCGGCGGGAUGUCUUCCGGGUUUUCACAGAGAGGAGGGAGGGGAGGUGAUUUCGGUGAUGAUGCUGGGUUUCGGUCUCCUAGGGGACAGCGUGGCCGUGGUGGGAGGACAUCAGGUAUGUCGCACAGGGGAGGGAGGUACGGCGACUUGGAUGGAGAAGAAGCUGGGUUUGGAUCUGCCAGGGGAAGGCGAGGUCGUGGUGGAAGGGAGCCAGGUUUGUCACGCAGAGGAGGCAGGGGAAGUGAUUUGGAUGACGAUGAGGAUGACAGUGGUGAAGAACUUGGUUUUCGGUCUCCCAGGGGAAGGCAAGGUCGUGGUGGACCGGAGUCAGGUUUGUCACGCAGAGGAGGCAGGGGAAGUGAUUUAGAUGACAUCGAGGAUGACAGUGCCGAAGAAGUUGGUUUUGGGUCUCGCAGGGGCAGUCGGGGCCGUGGUGGAAGGAUGUCUGGUUCGUCAGGCAGGGGAGGCAGGGAAAUUGAUUCUGAUGAUGACGAGGAUGACAGCGAUGAUGCCAUUGAGUUCGGAGCUUCUGGUAAGAGAGGAGAGAAAAGGGGGAAUUUGGGCUCACGUAGAGGAGGUAAAGGUGGGGAUGUGGAUUUUGGUGACCGGCAGUCAAGGGGUGGGAAAGCAUUUAAUUUUGGUUCGUUAGAGAGUGAUAGUGAGUCAGGGGAAGCUGAUGAGGAUGAUGGGCCAUCAGGCUUUGAGGACGAUCUCUCUGGUGAUGAUGGCGGCGAGGAGGAUUUGGUGAACACUGCAACUAAGAAGUCCAUCUCUUCUGAAUCAGCUGAACAGGAGAGUGUAGUGGGCACAAGAGAUAAUGGAGGUGGUGAUUCGUAUUUGAGUCAGACAAGGUUUGAUGAAUGCGCUCUCUCUCCCUUGACACUAAAAGGUGUUAAAGCUGCUGGGUAUGAACGAAUGACUGCGGUCCAGGAGGCCACUCUUCCUAUUAUACUUAAAGGGAAGGAUGUCCUGGCCAAAGCAAGGACAGGAACUGGAAAAACUGUAGCAUUCUUGCUUCCGGCUGUUGAAGUUAUCUCCAAAUUGCCCCCUAAUGACCAUGAUAAAAAAAGACCUCCCAUUAGUGUUGUUGUUGUGUGCCCUACACGUGAGCUUGCUGAUCAGGCUGCUGCAGAAGCAAACAAACUUCUCAAGUUCCAUCCAUCAAUUGGAGUACAACUUGUAAUUGGUGGCACUAGGAUGGCUCUUGAGCAGAAACGCAUGCAUACAAACCCUUGCCAGAUUCUGGUAGCUACGCCAGGAAGGCUUAAGGAUCAUAUGGAGAACACACCAGGUUUUGCUACUAGAUUGAUGGGCGUAAAAAUCCUUAUUCUUGAUGAAGCUGACCGCUUGUUAGAUAUGGGGUUCCGAACUGAUAUAGAGAGAAUAGUAGCUGCACUCCCCAAGCAGCGUCAAACACUUCUAUUUUCUGCUACAGUUCCAGAUGAGGUUCGUCAAGUAUGUCAUGUUGCCAUGAAAAGAGAUCUUGAAUUUGUUAACACUGUUCAAGAAGGAAGCGAGGAAACACACUCGCAGGUGAAACAAAUGCAUUUAGUUGCACCACUGGACAAACAAUUCUCUAUCCUAUAUGGUCUUCUAACGGAUCACAUGUCGGAAAAUGUUGACUACAAGGUGAUUGUGUUUUGUACAACAGCUAAGGUAACGAGUCUUGUUGCUGAACUUCUGUCUGAACUGAAGUUGAAUGUACGUGAGAUACAUUCCAGAAAGCCACAAAGUUACAGAACCAGGAUAUCAAAAGAAUUUAAGGAAUCAAAGGGUCUUAUUCUUGUUAGCUCUGAUGUAUCUGCCCGGGGUGUUGAUUAUCCCAAUGUCACACUUGUUGUGCAGUUGGGAGUUCCUAGUGACAGAGAUCAAUAUAUCCACCGUCUUGGUAGGACUGGCCGCAAAGGUAAUGAGGGGAGCGGAGUCUUACUGUUGGCGCCAUGGGAAGAAUACUUCUUAAGAAGUAUCAAAGAUUUGCCUAUUACAGAGGCUACGUUACCACUAAUUGACCUGGACACUAAACGAAAGGUUGAGAAGGCUCUUGCACAUGUGGAGGUGAAAGAUAAGGAAUCUGCUUAUCAAGCAUGGCUUGGGUACUAUAAUUCAAAUAAGCAAAUCGGCCGUGAUAAGUACCAGCUUGUAUCACUGGCCAAUGAGUUCAGUAGAAGUUUGGGGCUCAACAACCCUCCUGCACUGACUAAGCUUAUCCUUAAAAAGAUGGGACUGAGCAACAUUCCGGGUCUACGGUCAAAAUAGUAUGGUGCUCCUUGGUAACAGCAUUCCAAGCUCUCUAGCUAGGUAAACAGGCUGUGGAUUUAUAAACAUGGUUUCGUAUACAGGUUAUGGACUCAUGCUUGCAGUACAGCAAACUUCCAUACCGGUAGUUUUCAUUCUUCUCCUGUAACAUGGAAACACACCUCAAGUGCCUGUCCCCACUAGUGUAUGCUCUAUUGCAUAUCGUGGACAAUAGUUUCACUACGGCGAUCCUAUGAGCAAAUUUACUUAGCAUUUUGGGAAGCGAUAUCCCAGUUAUUGUCUCUUCA